AUGUCGUCUGAUUCACGUACCAAUAUUAUGGACGAAAACAACAAAAACGAGAAUAUCGUUGCGACAUACCAUCGCCGAGAUGUACACUUUGAUUCAACUCCUUCUUAUACGUCGUCAUUAUUUGUACAUCUUCGACAGCUUCAAAACGAUUUUCAGACACAAUAUCAGCAUGAAAAACAUGCACUCAAUGAAUUGAAUGAACGUCUUCGUCAUUUCGUCGAUCGUGUACAACACUUGGAAGCUCAAAAUGCAAAGUAUAUUGCACAAAUCGCUAGUUAUGGACUCACAUCCGGUUUCAGUGAGGCGGAUAUUGAAUUGAAUGGACGUUAUCUACAUCUACAAUCUGAUCUCAUUGCGGCAAGUCAUGGAAGUAUUGAUUUCGGACUCGAAGUUGAAAUGUAUCAAUUACAAUCUGCAAUCUAUCAACAAUUGAUUGAUACUGAAAAAGAAUGGAAAGAUGAACGACGUUUAAAAUUAGAACAAGAGUAUAAUCAAUCGUCGGUAAUUUUAAAUAGUUUGCGUGCAUCGAAUUCAGAUUUAGGACGACAAGUGGAAAGUCUCUACGCUGCACGUGAUGAUGCAUAUCAAAAAUAUUUGAGAUUGACACAUGAUUGGUCUAAUAUGAAAAAACAAAGUAAAGAAUGGGCAUUGAAUAUGCAAUUGUUGAAAAAUCAGAUUGCAUUUUACAAAAAUUUACGUUCACAUUCAACACGAGGAUAUACAUCGGUAUCAGGGGGCACAUUUGAUGUCAAGCAAUUCUGGGCAUUGGAGUUAGAUAAAGUGAUUAAAAGUAUUCGUCGUGAUUUCGAACAAUUAUAUGGUACAUUUCAACGUGAUAUGACUGUGUAUUACAACACACAAUUGGACGAACUGGCAACAGAAAUUGAACAAGCAUUACGGUAUCAAUCGACUGAAAUUCAAACCUUCUCAACAAGUCUGCAGACACUACAGGUUGAAUACGAAAAAGUACAGAAAACUUAUCUUUAUGAAAAAGACGUUAUUAUGAAAUUGGAAAGCACAUACUCUCAAUCUGAAUUGCAACUUCGAUCGACUCAACAACAAAAUGAUGAGCGAUGGGAGUUUCAAGCAAAAGAUCUUGAAAGCUUACAGAUGACUAUCAUGGGAAUUGCUUAUGACAUUGAAGAAACACGAAAAAAAAAACUCCAUUUGGAGGGUGAAAUCAUCGUAUAUCGUAAUCUGUUGGGAAACUAUGGUGCGUAUGAGUAUACAGUGCGUGCUCCUUCUCCGCAACGAGUGGCAAGCAUCGUAACAAGAAAAUUCAUUGUGAAAAGUCAAAAGAGAGGAAACAUUGGCAUUCGAGAAUGUCCACCUGAUGGAGCAUAUAUUAGUUUGCUGAAUCAUUCGCCGGAUAAAACUGUAGACAUUUCAAGAUGGUUGAUCAAACGACAGAUCGAUGGAAAGAUAGAAUAUCGAUAUACACUACCUGAUGGAAUUCACCUGCGGCCAACUGGUGAAUUGAGAAUUUAUUCCACACAAGGUGCUGCUACUGUUAAAUCAUUGAAAACAUAUCGUAGUGAUACGUCGACACGUCAAGAACUGGUUAAUAACGAAAUCAUUUCUUGGGGAAUUGGAGAUUCGACUCAAACAUUCCUGCUCAAUCAGCAUGGUGAAGAGAAAGCAGUAUUUUCGCAAACGAUUGCAGCCGCAAAUGAUAAUAUCUAA